AUGGAUAAAGACAAGGAUUGUAAUAAAAUUGAUGCAACAAAGUCUUUUCAAGAAAUUAGUUUUGACAAAAGAGGAAGAAAUAUAAAAAAGAAGGCCAUGAGAAAGGAAAGGAGAAGAGAAAAACACUUAAAGGAAAGGGAAGUUCAACUACAAUCGAAUGAAAAAGUACCACAGUUGGAACUUGAAAACUCAGUACUAAAAAGAUGCGUAAAGAAACCAAAAGGAAUGAAUAGUCGUGAUAUUCACCUAACAUGUUCCUCCAGACUGAUGAUGCACCUCAAUCAAGAUAAGAACUUUAACAUGAAUAAACACCUCAAUUACCAUAUCCCACAGUUUUCAAAGACGGAUAUCCAGAUACAUGACGUUAAUAUAGGUAAUGGGGUCUUCAGAAAAAUCUCGAACGGAUACAUAGUUAGUCAAAGGCAACGGAUCGCUGUAAAGACCGUUUCUUUGAAUAGCAGUGUAACAGAAAUACUAGCCGAAUGUAAAAAAACAAUGGUAAUGACUGGUAACCCUAAUUUUUCAUUCGUUUUUGGUUUCCUAAGCCCUAGUCGUAAAGUAUUAGAGUAUGUAUGCGAAAAUGACGGUUCUACAUCUCCAACGUUAGCAGACAUUUUGCACAAAACUGCACUCAUACAUUGGAAAUUAGUGAAGAUAGCCAUUGAUUUGUGCAAAGCUAUUCAUUGUCUUCACACAAAAGGAUUACUCAACAACGAUCUUCACACACGAAAUAUUUUAAUCCGUAAUACAUCUAAUGUAAAAGUGAUAGAUUUUGGCAAGUCAACGCUUAUCAUUGAUCUGCUAAAAUACAAAAUAGAACCUGGAUCCAGCCGUCACAAAAGAUUCAACUCGAUCCAUAUGUUUCUUGCGUAUGAGUUGCGUGAUAUACCCGGUUCUUACCAGACCAUCGCAUCUGAUUUUUAA